UUCCGCUGCCGAUGUUGGCUAGCAAGAAGAAGUAGAAGUACCCCUGACUUGCUUCUGCUAGUUAGCUAGCUGCAGUGGCGGGUUGUGGAGAACGACCAGAUGUAGACAGCUCCGGCAAUGAAAGGUGUGUAUUCCUGCCAUAAAUAGCAGUGAUGGACGGACAAGCCCUGAGGCCGACUGCGUCAUGGGAGAAUGGCACUCUGGCUCCUGUGGACCGCCUUCGCGCUGAGAGGGCGGACAGCCCCACACCGGGUCUGGUGGAGGGAACUGAACCAGGCGCCGGUCAGAAGAGUGCUAUGUUCGUCCAUGCGCAGUCUUUUGAGGAUCUGACUGCAGAGGCUGAGGAAGAGGCUCGGAGGGACGAUGAACUGGACAAAUCAGGAGAGUGUGCAGAAGAGCUCAAGGUGCUGGUGGGGGAGAAAACCAUAGAGGAGCAACGCAACAACAGCAUUUCAUCGGAGAGCAGGUCCAAGGAGGAGGACGUGUCCAGUGAGGCGUGGAGGAGCCACAGAAAGCACGUGUUUGUGCUGAGCGAGGCCGGAAAGCCCAUCUACACCCGCUACGGCACAGAGGAGGCUCUGUCCAGCACCAUGGGGGUGAUGAUGGCUCUCGUGUCCUUUGUAGAAGCAGAGAAGAACAUCAUCCGCUCCAUCCACGCAGAUGGCUGUAAAGUGGUUUUCCUCACCAAGAGCCCUCUGGUCCUGGUGGGCGUGUCUCGGACCUGUCAGUCAGAUAAGGAGCUGCUGCGGGAGCUGCAGUACAUCUACUACCAGAUCGUCAGCCUGCUCACCCUCACUCAGCUCAACCACAUCUUCCAGCACAAGCAAAACUACGACCUGCGCCGCCUGCUGGCCGGCUCCGAGUAUCUCACCGACAACCUGCUGCAUCGGCUCGACCGAGACCCCGGCCUGCUGCUCAGUGCCGUCACCUGCCUGCCUCUGGCCAGCUCUGCCAGGGAUGUGGUCUCAUCGAGCCUGCAGGCCGCCAAAGCCAAAAACCUGGUGUUCUCCAUCUUGCUGGCGGGAGACCGGCUGGUUACCCUGGUGAGAAAAAAGGACCAGUUUCUGCACCACAUAGACUUGCACCUGGUCUUCAACCUUGUCGGUUCCUCCUCGUCCUUCCGAGAGGGUGAAGGCUGGACGCCGAUCUGCCUGCCAAAGUUUAACACUGCAGGAUUUUUCCAUGCUCAUAUUUCUUACUUGGAGCCUGCGUCUGAGCUCUGCCUCAUCCUGGUCUCAACCGACAGGGAGGACUUUUUUAACAUGUCCGACUGCAAGCAACGGUUCCUGGAGAGGCUGAGUAAGCGCAGCGCCUACCAGGCUCUGAAGGAGGCACUAAAAUGUCCUACUUACUCUGUGGCGCAGGUCGGCAUCCCAGAGCUCAGGCACUUCCUGUACAAAUCCAAAAGCUCGGGGCUGUACACCAGUCCAGAGUUUCCUGAGGUGUACCAUUCCGAUGAAGAGCAGGAAAGACUGAUGGGUUUAUACCAGGACCUUCACAGCUGCUUGCACCAUCCAACCAGACCUCUCCGUUCCUUUUACCGCUGUAGUGAAACUGAAAACCUGCUGGCAUGGGUGACAAGUGGCUUUGAGCUCUACCUCUGCUUCAGUCCACUGGGGACCAAGGCCUUGGCGGUUUCUGCUGUCAACAAACUGCUGAAGUGGAUCAGGAAAGAGGAGGAUCGCCUCUUCAUCCUGAGUCCUCUCACAUACUGAGCCCUCGCUGCUGGCGGACCCCCUCGAACAAAUAAAGCGUCGCCCUGAACGUUGACUGGCCCGGUGCUAUCAACAGCUGUGGAUGAAGCAGCAGUCAGUUCAGUGUCCACAUACUUUAUGAUUGUCAAAGCUAUGCAUUCCUUGCUUCCGGGCUGCUUCUGAUCUAAUUCAGAUUUUGCAAUGUGGGUAAAUUAAAGCUGUAUUUUAGCUGGCAAGAUUUUUUAUAAAUUUUGAUUUGGAUAACGACAACAGAUGGACGUAGCAUCAGCACCGUCAAUAACACAAACACCUGUGGUGUCUGUAUGCUGUUGUUUCAUAAAUGACUGUUUUACUGUAUCAGAUCUAUUAUGCCUCUUAGAAUAAGCAAAUUGCUGUCUGUCUUUUUUUAAUGCCAUCAUCUCUUUAAAAAAUCUUAAAAAUCAAAAAUAAAAUUAGAAUUUUAAAACUGGAAAUGUUUUCAAAGACUUGUAGUGCAAUGUAUAUGAAUGAAUGAAUAUGGUUAACAACAUUUCUGUUAUGUACUCACUACAUGAUGACCAAUAACUGUAAGAACCAUUGUCAUUUUACCUCUAUGCACUUUCUUUAUGCAAAAGGCACUCUAAGAAACGUGUUCAUGAGUCUGUGACGUUUUUACUGCUGUCAGUUUUUGUGUUAACAUGUCUUGUUAAUAUCAGUGUAAUGUAAUCUUUCAAUGUAAUCUUUCAAUGUCCAUUACCAUUUUCCUUAAGUAUUCCAGUUAACAUGCAAAUUAAUUCCAAGAGAAGUGUUGUUGGGUUUGUGUUUUUCUGCUCAUGUCCUAACAUAAAGGUUCAUCGUAUUUCAAUGGUUUUGCUUAAGGAAUCCAAUGUUGCCACAUCUGCCUCCAUGAAUCAUGCCUUAAAUAAUGGUUCUCCACAUAAGCCAAUAUAAGGUUGUAACAGUGCAGAUUUACAUAAAAAAUAAUUAUAUAUAUAAAUGAAUAAAAAUUAUGAAAAAUGAUUGGUAAUAAAACACACUCCUUAUCA